UUAAAGAUUUUUACUAGAAUGAAGCCAAUGAAGACUACUAAAUCAGGUAAGGGCCUAAUUGAAGGCCAUACAGAGGAAUCUAUUACAAAUAUUUUCUUUAAGGGUCCAUCUAAAGAGUCUUGGGAUAAUUUAUUUGUGACGCCUAGUCGAGAAUACUUCGGAAUGUAUGGGUGAGCUUAUCUAAAAUAACAUUGUCCUAUAAUUACCAUAAAUUUAGUGAUUAGUACAUCCGAGCUAGCGGACUCUUCAAUAAAGAUAUGAGAUAAUUGUUGAGAUAAAGCUUAUUUGAAACUUCUGUGUCUAGCUAAUAUUUACAUUGUGUAGCUGCUAGAAUUCUUGGGAGAACAACGAGGUAUUUAUCAAAGUCAAAGAAGCCAGGACAGCCCAAGAAGUCUGAGAUUCAGAAUAUUAUUGUUAAAGAGAUUGAUAUGAAAAAAUAUGCUUCUUCAAGGCCAACUAUCAAUGCUCAUAAGAAAACUAUGAACAAUCAGAAGUUUUCCACAAAUUUAAAAGAGAUUAUCACCAAACCUUCAAGGCUAGAUUCAAAAGGAGGAUCUCCCAGAGGGACCAUCACACAGAAAAAACUAAAUAACAAAAGAUCAUAUGCAUCAAAUUCCAGGUCAAGGAUAGUAAAGCCAUUUCGAGCACCUGAUGAAAAUGAUAAUUCAGAUCAUGAAUUUACAAUGGAGAAUCCAUACCUCAAAAGAUCCACAGUAGGAACGACCUCUAGUGCUAGGCCGAAGGAUAUACAUAGCAAUAUAGAUGGAUAUUCUCAGAGCGAUUUGUGGGACAAAGAAGAAAGCAAAGGAUAUCUUCAAAAUAGUAGGAAACUUUUAGAUAGAUUCAAAAGAAGCCCAGACCCUCGACAUGACACCAGGAAGAGUUUUGAGUCAAGAAGUCCUCCAACUAGGUCAAGAGGAGAUAGGAUCAAGGUAAUCACUUCUAAAAUUGUUAAAAAUUCCAAUGUUAAAUCAGUCAAUAAGAGGAAGCUUGGAUCUGUCAGUGGGAAAAGUCCCAAAAGGGUUCAUUGUGCCCAGAUAAGGCUUGAUAAUGAAGUUGAUCACCAGCAAGACAAAAUUCCUGAAGUUAACUCUGUAGUGUCUAAGGAAGUCAAGAAAUUAAACCUUUCUUCUUCUCAAAAUUUGCAUGAACCGAUGAUGAAUUAUGCCACAGAGGAAGAAAUCGUUGAAAUUAUAGAACAUGAGGUUACUCCUUGCUUUCGAGAACCUACUGCAAUAAAUGCUCUUUCAAAGACAACAGAUAGAUGUCCUGGGGAGCUCACUCAGCACUCUCAAAAGGUAAUAUCAUCUGAAAGAAAAUAUUCUUCCAAAGAUGAUCCUUUCAAAGCGAUUCCAGAACAAAGCGAGGGUUUUGCAACUUAUGAUGAUAGAACUGGCAUGAAUUCGAGUGAGAAAUUAACAAAUAGAAAGAUCAUUCAGACAAUUGGAAAUCCAAGCACUCUUCAUCUGAAGAAGUCUAACAUGAGAGAUCGUCAGGAUUUGAUGGAAAGAGGAAAAUCAAAUAAGGAACACCGCAAGCCUAGAUCUACUCUGAGAGCUCCUAAUAGCACAGAAAGAAAGCUAGUCAAAGACAAUAGAAAUAAAUCCUCUUGAGCCAAGACAGAGCAGAAUGUAUUCUCCCCUGCCAGGUCUAUUGAAAUAGUUAAAGAAGCGGAGGAAAAGGAACAAAAAUUUCAAGAACAACUUGACGAAAAGCAAAAGAUGCUGGAGAAAUAUGAAUCAAUGCUCCAAAAAGUCAACGUUGAGUUUCAAAAUACUCUUGAUCAAAACAAGAGUCUAAAUGAGAAGAUCUCAAUGCUUGAAUUGAGAUGUCUUCGUGCUGAGAGCAAGGUUAAUGGACCCCAAGAGAUAACAGAUACUCAACAAUACUCACUCAAGAGGCAGAUUGAUGAACUUAUUUUAGAGAAAAAUGAAAUUCACCAGAACUCAAUGGAACAAAUCAAGAGUAAAUAAUGAAGAAAUAGAUAAAUUACAGAAGAUAAAACUUGAGCUUGAGCAAGCACUUGCGAGACAAGCCGAAGAGAUUGCUGAAUCUAUCAAAGAAUCAGUGAAGACCAAAGCAACCCUAGAAGAGCUUCAGAAGCAAAUUAGUACGCAAAAUCAUGAAAUUAAGCAAAAAUAUAAUGGGAGCAACACAGAUGUGAAUAACUACGAUCUUUCAUCUCAAACUUUACGUAGAGAGCUUGAACAAGUUACCUUCCAGAGGGAUGACCUUGUAGAACAGAACAAAGCACUUAAAGAGCAAAGUUGGAAGGAUGACUUGGCAACAAGACAGAUAUUAGCAGAAAAUGAGAGCCUCAAGAGAGAAGUUAUUAACCUUAGAAGUAACAUUGAGCUAUCAAGGGAGACUGAAUCUGAAUGCAAAGCUGAAAAUACAUAUCUAAAGGAGACUUCCUUGGCUCAAGAGAGAAAAGUAUUUCUUUAUCAGAACAUUAUUGCCCAAGCAGAUCAGUUUCAUAUAAACUUAUCCAAUAAUUUACAAAGCUCACUUGAGUUAUUGAGAACUUCGGAUGAAGUGAAUAGAGGGCUAGUCCUUAUAAAAAUUGAGAAAAUGCUGGAAGAUGUUAGAAAUUAUAGACUUAAAUCUAAGAGUAAAAUAGAACAAAUGCUGCUCCAAUCUCCAGUUCCAAGUUCAUUCGAACUUCAAAAGAAAGCAACUGACUUAAAGUACAAUACAAAUCCAUUGAGUUAUUCUCAGGAUACCUUCUCAGGAUUUAAGCUAGAUAUGAAUUUUUCACAGCCUCGAAGAACAACAGGGAUUGAAAUACCUUCUUCUAGAGGUCUUAAUACUAAUAUUCAACAAACAAAAAUGUCAACUCAAGUUGAUCAAGAAGAUAAAUCUAUAAGGCAAGCAGUUCCAGAAAAGCUUCCUUCAUUUAUUGAUCCAACUCAAAAAGCCAAGAAGGAUAAACUAGAUCCGGCCUUAAUGAAGCCAGCUGGAAUUAGGUCGUCGCAGGAGAACCAAUAUUACUAAUCCUCGCUAACCAUCCCAAAUUUCCUUUACCCCCUCCACUUCC